AUGGUGACACAAGAAUCCAUGCUGAAGGCUGCCUUGCCUCUCUUUGCUAGAUUUAUCAUCAGCAAUGGACUGCAGACCAAGCACGGGGUGUUUGAGAUCACACUGGAGAGUGUGGACAGAGCCUUGCCUGUGGUGACCAGGAACAAGGGGUUGAGACUGGCCAAAGGGGCCAUAGGGCUGCUCUCCCCUGACCUCCUGCAGUUGACCGACCCUGACACACCUGUGGGGAACCUCACCUUCCUCUUGGCCCAGCUCCCACAGCAUGGCCAGCUCCACCUGCGGGGGACAGUGCUGCUUCAACCCAACUUCACUCAGCACGAUGUGGACGGCGGGAAUGUGGCCUAUCAGCACUCAGGAGGGGACUCUCAGACAGACCACUUCACUUUCGUGGCCACAGACAAGACAAACCAAGGCUUUGUUGUGGAUGGGAGAGUGUGGGAAGAACCAGUUUCAUUCCCCAUUCAGGUGGACCCGUUGGACAGGACAGCCCCCCAGAUCGCACGUUUGCAUUCUCCUUCUCAAGUGGGGCUCCUGAAAAAUGGCUGUUACGGGAUUUACAUCACUUCCCGUGUGCUGAAGGCAUCGGACCCUGACACUGAGGAUGAUCAGAUCAUCUUUAAGAUUUUACAAGGCCCACAACACGGACAUCUGGAGAACACAACAACAGGUGAAUUUAUCUAUGAGAAAUUUACCCAAAAGGACUUAAACAGUAAGACUAUUCUUUACAUCAUAAACCCAUCUUUGGAAGUAAAUUCAGAUACUGUGGAAUUUCAAAUCAUGGACCCCACAGGGAACUCUGCCACUCCUCAAAUUUUGGAAUUGAAGUGGUCUCAUAUAGAAUGGUCACAGGCUGAAUAUGAGGUCUGUGAGAAUGUUGGCAUGUUGCCCUUGAAAAUUAUCAGGAGGGGACAUUCCAUGGACUCGGCCUUUGUGGGUAUAAAGGUCAACCAAGUGUCAGCUACAAUUGGAAAAGAUUUCACCAUGACUCCAUCUAAACUGAUUCAGUUUGACCCAGGAAUGUCAACUAAGAUGUGGAAUAUAGCAAUUACCUAUGACGGAUUAGAGGAGGGUGAUGAGGUCUUUGAAGUAAUUCUGAACACCCCUGUGAAUGCAGUUCUUGGCACAAAGACAAAAGCUGCAGUGAAAAUUUUGGACUCAAAAGGAGGACAGUGCCAUCCUUCAUAUCCUUUCAACCAGAGCAAGCACAACUCACGGGAGAAGGGCGUUUGGCACCCACUGCCUCCAGGGUCUUCUUCAUCCACCAUUUCUGGUUCCCUUCAUCUGGAAGGAAGACCCUUUCCAUCUCCCAAGGAGCUUGCGAUCACCAGGGGAGACACCCUGCGGGGCUUUGAUUCUACAGAUCUUUCUCAAAGGAAGCUUAGGACCCGUGGGAAUGGCAAAGCAGUUCAUCCAUCUUCUGUCCAUAGAAAUGGAACAGACAUCAUCUAUAAUUAUCAUGGGAUGGUUUCCUUGAAACUAGAGGAAGACAGUUCCCCAACUCACAAAAGGAGGGCCAAAGUACCCAACAUCACUCAGCCACAAAAGAUAAUCAAAGUGGCAGAAUUGCCUCGAGCAGAUAAGGUGGAAUCCACAACUGACUCACACUUCCCCAGACAGGACCAGUUGCCCUCCUUUCCAAAGAAUUGCACUCUGGAAUUAAAGGGACUCUUCCACUUUGAAGAAAACAAACAAAAACUCUAUCAAUGCAAUGGGAUUGCCUGGAAAGCCUGGAGCCCCCAAAUCAAGGAGCUAGAAGACAAAUCCUGCCCAGCUGGGUGGCACCAUCACUCAGGCUACUGUCACAUCUUGAUCACAAAGGAGAAAGGCACCUGGAGUGCAGCUGCCCGAACUUGCAGGGAACAGCACCUGGGCAGUCUGGUGACUGUAUUCUCCAGGCAGCACAUGCAGUGGCUCUGGGAUCUCAGUGGAAGAAAGCCCUUUUGGAUAGGUUUGAAUGACCAAGUGCGAGCUGGCCACUGGGAGUGGAUCGGUGGUGAACCUGUCGCCUUCGCCAACGGGAGGAGAGGGCCCCCUCAACGCUCAAGGCCUGGAAGAAACUGUGUUUUAGUUCAAAGACGAGGGAAAUGGCAAACCAAGGACUGUAGGAAGGGCAGACCUCACAAUUAUGUGUGUUCCAGGAAGCUCUAAAUGUAACUCACCCUACAGGUGCCCAGCUGGCA